AUGGCGGAUAGCGACGAUGAUGAUACGCUAGCAAGCUUUGGAACGCCAUUUGAGCCCUUAGAGGAAGAUGCUCCGCGUAAAAAAGCUGUCCCGGUUCACGACCAAAUUGUUACAGAUACUGAAGGGAGAAGACGAUUUCAUGGCGCAUUCACGGGUGGUUUUUCAGCCGGGUAUUUUAACACAGUUGGAACGAAAGAGGGAUGGCAGCCCUCGACUUUCAUCUCUUCUCGCUCCAAAAAAGGCGAGCAAAGACAACAGAGGCCAGAGGAUUUUAUGGAUGAUGACGACAUGGGAGAGUUUGGAAUUGCUCCAAAAAGAAUCGCAACAAAAGAACAGUUUUUGUCCUGGGAAAGCGGGCUCGAAAAUCGUCGUAAACGAAUGGUGACUUCUGAUGAUUCGGAGAGAGUUAUCCCAGGGGUACCUCCACUUCAGGAUCUCGUAGUGCCAGUGAAAAUGUCCGUGGGAGUUGAACUGCUAAAGAGGAUGGGUUGGAAGGAAGGACAGGGAGUUGGACCUCGGGAACGAAGAACUGGAAAAAAGGUACUGAGACUAACCUAACGUCAGUAAGGAAGGAGAAUGAAGGAAAUAAUCACAAACUAGAGGAGUUCUUGAUUGUUAAACAAAUUCUCCUUGUCAGCUUCUCAGGAAAUGUAUUGAGAAUGGUAUGGAGAAUAUCGAUACCGAUGUUAGGAUGAAAAGGGUUAAAUUGUUACAUUACUUUCCUAUCUUCAGCAGUGGUUGUUCAUUUUGAUUACAUAAACAGACAAAUGAUAGCAGAGCUCGCAGAGCAUAGCCCCAUUUUUAUACAAAAUAGUAGUAACCCAUCAAGCUGAAAAAAUUUGGACUUACGACCAUACGACUGUACAACCACACAAGGUGCUACUUUUAACAUGUGUGGUCAACUGUACCAGAGGCACUCCAAUGCCACGGCUUUGUUCAGUAGUCCUCAGUAGUCCAGUGGUCAGUGCACUGGGCUCCAAGUUGGACAACCCAGGUUCUAGUCCUGGCCAGGGCAAGGCGUUGUGCCUUUGAGACGUGCGGAAAAAAAAAUGGCAAGCUCCACUUUUAGGCUUGGCUAAAUCUAUAUAUUAUACAUGUAACAUAUAACUGUACUAUAAUGUUGCACACACAGGUAUAUGGCUGUUCACUCCCAUCAGCUAUGUCUUCAUCACAAACAGUUGACAAUGGCAAGGAUGAGGUAGAAGAUAUCUUUGCAGUGGGUUUACUAUUUGCACCAAAAGAUGUGGAUGCAUUUAUGUUUACUCCUAAAGAUGACAAACAUGGACUUGGUUACAAGGGACUGGACCCAUCCACUGCUCUUUUUCAUCAAGAAAACUGGCUUGGAAUGGAUUCUGUGACAAGAAAAGUAGGAAGGAAGGGCAUAUCUGGAGAGGUAAAUUUGGUUUGUACACAUUCACUUCAAAUCCUUUCACCCCCACUUGAGAACUUUGUUGCUCCAAAUAAUGACAAGGAGACAUUAGUGAAGCUGAUGGACAAUGUGAAUACAAAAAAAAAAGAGGAUCUUGUGUGAUUUGAUAUCAAGUUCUUCUGAUGAACUCUAUGAGAGAUUUAUGAAAGAGAGUAAGGAGAAUUACUAUAGAGAUCUUGAGAGAGAAAAAAAAGAUAAAUUAGCAAUGAAAGCCUUGCAGAGGAACUGGCAAGUUUGAUGGCAGUCAGUUCAUAUUUCUAAUCCACACUUGUCCAUUGUCUUUCUUAACAAUAAUGUUUGUCAAUAGCUAAGACUUUAUUUUAUUAUUGUUUUCUGUAUUAUAGUCACUAGUAGACUUCUGAUAAUUUUAAAUACCUUGGCAGAAGUUUCAUAGAACAGCUAGAUGAGACAGAUUUCGUUUUUUUCCUCACAUGUAAUGUUGAAUCUGAGUAAGAGAUGAUAAUUUUUACCUCUGGCUCUUUUACAAAUUUCUAGUACAUUGUAGCUCAAAGAGUAAUAAAUCCUAUCCUCUUCUGUGACAGGCUUUUGGUGUUGGUGCAUUUGAAGAAGCAGAUGACAACAUCUAUGCAAUAGAUCACAUGUCUAACUAUGACACUGAAUUGGGUGGAGACACUAGCUCUGGACUUCAUGGUUGGACAGGCCCUCAAAAAGAAAAUUCUAAAGGUUAGUUUUCUGUGGGUGCUGUUUCCUUUUAAGGGUAGAGAGCAGUGUGUUCCUUUUCACGCAGGAACCGGUAAAAUUUUCCUUGUGAAGUAUUUCUUAUUACCGGCUUAAAUCGCGUGGAAUUCUUGAAAAUUUGACUGGUAACAGGAUUACUCAGCCAGUUUGAAUAUUUGUUUUACCUGUCGUGCUCAAAUAGGGGAGAUAACUGAGAAGGGAUGGAUGGCUUUAUGGAUUCUAUAUUAAAAUUCCCACGCUGGUUUGUCACUUGAAUGAUUGUGUUGCGUUUGUAGGGAAAACGACAGUCCAAGUAUGAUCGCUUUCUUCUCAAAAUAUUGUUAUCUAGAAGUGGAAGUAUCGUAGAAAGGCACUCAGAAGAGAGUAUCGCGAUUUCAAUGCAACAUCGCUGAUUCUAGCAAUAUGCAGGACGCGUGUCGUAUUUGAGCUUCGUAAUGGACCUCGCUAACCGUAGAGUCUCUGUUGCUCAGUGGUACAGCAUCGAAGGGCGGAAUCCGAAGGUCUGAGGUUCGAUUCCUCAUGCUGACUCAGAAUUUUUUCUUUGUCCCACGCUCGUGACAAGACGAAAAACAAAUUUCUCUAUUUCUUUACCGAGCUCAAAACUUACCUUACCUUAUUCCAAUUACAAACAAAUUCUCGGUAGCAAUAGUUCCUUGUAAAAAAUGUUCGUAAAGCGAUAAUGAUGAUGAGGCAUUGGGCAGCUAAGAUUGUUCAGUCGUGGUGUUGUGUUUUCAAACCGGGUUCCGGGUAUCACGCGAGUCUCAGAGUUUUUUAUUUGUCACCCUAUACUUGUUAAGGUGACUGGGCUUAGAAGAACAGCCAAAGGAAGCUUUAAAAGCUGACGUUUCGAGCGUCAGCUUUUAAACCUUUUUGACCAUGACGUUUCGAGAGUUAGCCCUUCGUCAGAGCCCUUCGUCGCUCUGACGAAGGGCUAACGCUCGAAACGUCAGCUUUGAAACUCUUUACGGUAGCCGAUUUACGUUAUCAACUCAGUUGAUAAUACUUAAUUACCCUGUUAUACUCUCCCACCGACGCAGCACCACAGUUUCUCAUGCCCCAUUCACACCAAAGCUUAAACAUGUUUAAAAGUUGUUUUGUUAAACACAGUUUAAUUUUUUUUUCUUUAUAGAAACUAUUUAGCCGAAUAUUUUUGACUUGAAUUACACAUUGUUCUUACAUUUGAAUGGAAAAGGCAGUUCUCUGUUUAUAAUUUUCAUUCAAUGAAAACCAGUUUAACGAAACAUGUUUUGCUGGUGUGAAUGGGGUAUUAGAAAAUUACCCUCUUUAUUCAUUAGCCAAAGAAAACUGCCUCUUAUCUUGGUUUCUCAGUUGAAUAAUUACUCGUUCUUACAUUUGAAUCCAGGAGGCGCUUUGUCGAUUUUCACCACAAAACCCAAAGCCAUGGAUGCAUUUAAAACCUUUCCACCCCCGGUGGUGCCUCGCAAUUUUGAUUGUACCCACAAGUUCGACGAUUCCAAGACUGUUCAGAAAUCCUCCGAUGAAGGUUCGAAUAGGAAGAAAGUUUUAACUGCAAUGGAUAGAGCAGAAAUGCUGGGAGAAGAACCACUUCCAGUGCCUCAGAAAUCUGUGUUUGAGUAUCUUUCUGAAGAGGACAAGAAACGAGUGUUGUCUGCUUCGAAGAGUGAAAUAUCAAAGCCCUCCAGUAAAAUACCAUCGGAAGGAGCGAGUUCCACAGUUAAUGAUUCCUCUCAAAAGAGUGCAUCCUCUUCCCGUUGGUCUUGGUCUGGUCACAGCAGUUUUAAACCGUUUGUCAAAGAUCCCGCAAAACAGGCGCGCUAUGAAGAGUUUCUAAAAAGCAAAAAAGGAGAAGAAGUUUCUCCACAGGUUCAUGGCAGGUAAGAGUUUUAAGUAAUGUACCAAACCUUUUCCUUUUUAUAGCCCGUGAUUUCAAAUCGUAUCGGCGUUUCGCACUCGUUCGAUUUUGAAAUCACGUGCUUUAUUUUACCCAAUCAAAUUGCACUCCGACCGGGUCAAUUACUAUUAUUAAACAAGACACUGUACUCUAACAAGGGACUGGUCUUCACUUCAUUUAUUACCUGGGAGGGUCGGGUCGGAGGACUUUGGUUAUGUCACGAUAAAAUUUACCUGAUCUCCUCAUGACGCUCUGUAAUAUUGUUAUGACCCUCCCCUCCCUCCCCCCCUUCAUCCGGGGUUAAUCGGCAGUCAAUUUUCUACAUUCCCACUUUGUUGGCGAUGGCUGAUUCCCCCUUCGUUCCCCUGAAAACCAUGUCACCCUCCCCCUCCCCCCCCAUAAAAGUUUUCCAUUCCCCCCUCCCCCCCAUAAAAGUAUUCCAUUCCCCCUUCCCCCCCAUAAAGUAUUCCAUUCCCCCUUCCCCCCCCAAAAGUAUUCCAUUCCCCCUUCCCCCCCCAUAAAAGUAUUCCAUUCCCCCUUCCCCCCCAAAAAGUAUUCCAUUCCCCCUUCCCCCCAUAAAGUAUUCCAUUCCCCCCUUCCCCCCAUAAAAGUAUUCCAUUCCCCUUCCCCCCCAAAAAGUAUUCCAUUCCCCCCUCCCCCCCAAAAAGUAUUCCAUUCCCCCUUCCCCCCAUAAAAGUAUUCCAUUCCCCUUCCCCCCCAUAAAAAGGUAUUCCAUUCCCCCUUCCCCCAUAAAAGUAUUCCAUUCCCCCCUUCCCCCCCAUAAAAGUAUUCCAUUCCCCCUUCCCUGGGCGAUAAAUGAUAGACAGGUAACUUUAAUUACAAACGGUAAAAUCCUACAGCACAAUGUAAGAGCAUAAAAUAUCUAACUCUGCCCAGCUAAACUAACUAAUAGUUAAUACGGUAUUAUAAGAAUAAAAACCUAUCAUAUCAUUAAAGCUGCUUUCUGAGGAUGCCGUGUCUAAUUCAAAAGCUACAACGAUGAGCUUUACUUUUAAAUGUGCUUAAAGAAACUGUUGAUCGGAGUUCAUGGGAAAGGCUGAUCCACAUCAGCACCUCUAUAGGAAAAAAUGACCAGUCCUCAAUGCUUCUCUACACCCAGGGGUCAAAAUGGGAACCGGCGACGUACAGCUGUAUCAGAAAAAACCCUAACAACAUGAUUCUGAGUACAACUUGGUGUUAAUAAACACGAGUAAAUUCGACAACAAAAUUGUUCGAGUCGUAAGGCAACGAGAAAUCAUGUUGUUACUUGUCAUAAUUUACACGAAAAACGCAUCUCAAAAAGUCAAAACGGACAAAAUGUUGUAGCGCGCGCGCUCUUUGUAAUUUGCACUCGUGUUAAAACUUUGCACUCGUGUUACAUGAAGAUUGCACUAGUUUUCAGCCAAUCAGAGGCGCAUCAUUUUUCAUGUAUAGUAUUAUUAUUGAAGGGAACCUGUAAUGACGUAGCAUCCCCUCCAGGGGGAGACGCGGGGGGGGGAAGGAGGGGUGGGUGCUAAUACUCAUAGUCGUUUCAUACUACAGAAACUGAGACACACUCUAGCUGGAUAAGGCACUGGGGUCGAAUUUUAACUAAACGAAUUUAAACUUUUCGUUUCGCUUUUCAGCGGUUUAACGGAAUGGGAAACAGAACGUGAAAGGGAGGAAUUCGCCCGGUCUGCAUCCUUGUACAGACCUCUGAGUUCUACAAUGGCGGCCAGAUUUACGACGGCGAAACAACAAGAUGAUCACAGAGUGGUGUACGAAGAUGUACCCGCUCAAGAAUCUUCAGAUUCUUCUGAGCAGGCACAGGCAGCUUCUAUGAAAAUGUUCGGAAAACUAACUCGGGAUAACUUCGAGUGGCAUCCCGAAAAUGUUUUAUGUAAACGGUUCAAUAUUCCGAACCCCUACCCGGGAUCUCACAUCGUAGGGGUCCCGAAGGUACGAAAGCCGAAGUUCACACUUGGAGAUUUCAUAGUACCUCGAGAACCUCGUGCGGUUACUUACGAACAUUCGUCAACGAGUGCUAACGACGAUGACAAGACGGACAAGUUCGGAAGCUCUACGGAAACGAUCAAUGCAAUCGACCGUCAGUCGAACCCUUCUGAUACAAAUUCGGUGAGUUCCGGUUUACCUUCGAAAACAGCUGUUGUGCCCGCUUCAGUAACGGCUUUAGCUAAUUCGGACAUUGUUAGGCCAAGAGAAUCAAAUGUUAAAGCUGAUGAAGAACAAAAGGGAGAGAAUUCUGUGCCAAAGCGGCCAGAUAUGGAUUUGUUCAAAGCGAUUUUCGCCGAUUCGUCUUCGGACGAAUCCGAGGCGUCAAGCGAUGAGGAAGAAGUCGGCAAAGAUGAAGGAACCGAAGAUGUAUCGAUUGCUACUUCGGAAAUCAAGUCUCCUGAAGAAGCUUCGCGGAGCCAUGUCGAUGAAAGAACCGAAGAAAACAGUUUGAGAAAUAAUGUUCUUCCAAAUGAUAAAACUGUCGAUAAAGAAUUGAACAUCAAACCGAUUGAAAAUGAGGAACAGAGACCGGUUGAAACGCAGAUUGUGGUCGCGAAAAAUACAGAGAUAGAGAGAGCGGACUCUUCUCCUGAAAAUUUCGGACCGGCCCUACCGCCAUCUUUUAGAAAGAUAACCCCUUCGAACUCUUUUUCCGGAGAAAAACGUUACGCUGACCGUAAGAAAACUAAGGACGACUCUGACCGGAGGAAACGCCAGGAUAAAUACGAAGAAACAAAGAAGCGUUAUUCUGAGUCUUCCGACAGCGAGGAAGAGUAUCGGGCUAAACAUAAACCCAGACAUAAAUCGAAGAAAAAACACAAACACAAGCACAAAAGUAAACGUCGAUACGAAGAAAAGGAGAGACUUGAACCGAAAACGAAGGGAAAGGACGAGUUAAGUAAACCUUUAGAACAAGGUCGCGCGUCAGAUGACAAACAAAUUCUUAACAAGUUGAAGAAUCUUCAGAAUUUGAAAACGGGAAAAAGAAUGCGUGCUUCUGAUUUCAUGUGAAAGAUCAGCGCCUCGAUGACGGCCUAGAUGUAAUUUAAAUUUCUCCCUUUCGGCUGUUAGAAUUUCCCUCUAAAUUAGUAGAGAGUGUUUGUGGCGCCGGAUGACUUGCGAGGAGCCAACGUCAUGCACAAUACCAAGAAAAGUUUGUCUCGGCCUUGAUUGGUCUAUGAGAAAAAGCUGAAAUAGGUUAUAUAGUAUAUUACAGGCGUUUUGUGUAGUACUCUCAAUAAAGCGAU